UCAGGGGGUUGACUGUACUAGGGGAUGGCCCGAGUGAAGCCUGCUGCCUUUCCCGGAGACCCACAAAUAUACUCUCUGCUUGGGACUAGAUGUGUCAGCCUGGCUCCUAGGACAGGAUGAUAAAUGGGGGCUGAGUCCCAUCUUGGGAGUGCCUUGAGGAGACAAAUCCUCUAGCAGAUAAUGAUCUGCUUGCACAUUCCUUCCCCUUUUGCUCUGAGCACAUGUAAACAUUCCCAGGCUAAGGGCGGAGGUUUGAUGGCACCUGGCCCACCCCUGCCGCUAUUUCUGUUCCUGGUGGGGAGGGAGCAGAGUCCUUCUACUACGGCAUAAGAGGAGUACACACAGACCACUUCCCUGGGUUGGCUAUCGAAUAAGAACUGUGGGCCAUGGGGGGACUGAUACCCACCACUGAAGCUGACCUUGCUUUGUCUUCUCAAUAGUCUACUUGCAGUCACUAAUCGAAAUUCAAGAGGAAAAGCAAAACACCUGAAACGCACCCAGACCCUCAUCCCACCUCCACCACCAUGGUCACAACCAUAAGCAUUUGGAUUCAGCCGAAAGUGAUCUGUGGAUUUUUAACACCACCUCUUUCACUUUGUUAGUGUAGACAAUAGUUAGUUGCUUGUAGUGAAAUAUAGAACCACACAAACAUGCUACUCUUUUAAAACAGGUCUAUCAGUUAACCCACAAACUCGAUCCUAUCUAUAAAUAAGAGAAAAUAGAUUUACACUCACUAUCUAAUGUAAUUUCAGUAGAAUUCAGUAGAUGGCAUUAAAGAACAUUUUUUUUCAACACCAAAUGUGAUCACCAAAAGAGGAAUAAAUAUUCAAGGAAGUGCUUGAGUUUCCAUCAGACUGCCAACGGGGCUCAGAUGGGCAGGGUGCCUUGAGUCUUUGUAAGCAGUGAUGGGGGUACCAUUCCUUUUUCUGUUAGAAGAAAUCAGGACAACCAAUACAUCCUUGGGCAUCUCUAUGUAAGGGAUCCGGAUCUUUAUCAAGAUGCUCUGAAGAAAAGCUACUACUCUUAGAAAUUCCUACUGUUACACAAUGACUAAAACUAAUUCUAGUAUCUUCCAUUUUGCCAUCAGCUUCAUGUUAAUACUCAAGAUCAGAAUCCAAUUAUGUGAUGAAAAUGAAUUUGUAGUUGAUAGGUCAAAAACAGGUCUCACGCAAAUUCCCAAAGACCUAUCCCCGAAAACAACAAUCUUAGAUGUUUCACAAAACUAUAUAUCUGAACUUCAGACUUCUGACAUUCUAUCACUAUCAAGGCUGAGGAUUUUGAUACUCUCUCAUAAUAGGAUCCAGUAUCUUAAUAUCAGUGUUUUUGAAUUCAGUGAGGAAUUGGAAUACUUGGAUUUGUCCCACAACAAGUUGAGGAAGAUUUCUUGCCACCCUAUUGUAAAUCUCAAGCACCUGGACCUCUCAUUUAAUGAAUUUGAUACCCUGCCCAUCUGCAAAGAGUUUGGCAAUAUGCGUCAACUAGAUUUUCUAGGGUUGAGUGCCACACAGUUAGAAAAAUCUAGCAUGCUGCCAAUUGCUCAUUUGCAUAUCCGUAAGGUUUUGUUGGCCUUGGGAGACCUUUAUGGGGGAAAAGAAGACCCUGAGAGUCUUCAAGACAUUAACACCGACAGUCUGCACAUUGUUUUCCCUCCAAGAAAGGAAUUCCAUUUUAUUUUGGAUGUUUCAGUCAUCACUGCAGUAAGUUUGGAACUCUCUAAUAUUAAAUGUGUGUCAAAUGAUAGUGAACAUCAUUUUCUCAAUGUUUUGUCAAAACUUCAGAAGAAUCCAAGAUUAUUAAAUCUUACUUUAAACAACAUUGAAACAACUUGGACUUCUUUCAUUACAAUCCUCCAGUUGGUUUGGCAUACAUCAAUAGAGUAUUUCUCAAUUUCAAAAGUGAAACUAAAGGGCCAACUUGACUACAUAGUUUUUAAUUAUACUGACACUUCUCUGAAGGCCUUGUCUAUACACCAAGUUGUUAGUGAUGUUUUCAACUUUCCACAGAGUCAUAUCUACAAUAUCUUUUCAAAUAUGAACAUCCAAAAUUUCACAGUGUCUGGUACACGCAUGAUCCACAUGCUUUGCCCAUCUCAAAUUAGCCCAUUUCGGUAUUUGGACUUUUCCAAUAAUCUCUUAACAGACCUGGUGUUUGAAAGCUGUGGAAACUUGAAUUUACUGGAGACACUGACUUUACAAAUGAAUCAAUUAAAAGAUCUUGCAAAUAUCAUUUAUAUGACCAAGGAGAUGAAAUCUCUACAACAAUUAGAUAUUAGCCAGAAUUCUCUAAGGUAUAAUGAAAAAGAAGGAAAGUGCUCUUGGACUAAAAGCUUAUUAACCUUAAAUAUGUCUUCAAAUAUACUUACUGACUUGGUUUUCAGAUGUUUACCUCCCAGGGUCACAAUACUUGAUCUUCACAAUAACAGAAUAAAGAGCAUCCCUCAAGAUGUCACCAGUCUGGAAGCUUUGCAAGAGCUAAAUAUUGCUUUCAAUUCUUUAACUGACCUUCCUGGAUGUGGUACCUUUAGAAGACUUUCUGUACUAAUCAUUGACUAUAAUUUAGUUUCCCACCCAUCAACUAAUUUCUUCCACAGCUGCCAGAACAUUACAUCAGUAAAAGCAGGGAACAAUCCAUUCCAAUGUACAUGUGAAUUAAGAGAAUUUAUCAAAAAUAUAGGCCAACUAUCCAGAGAAGUUGUUGAGGGCUGGCCUGAUUCUUAUAAGUGUGACUAUCCAGAGAGUUAUAAGGGAACCCCACUACGGGACUUUCAUGUGUCUCUGUUAUCCUGCAACACAUCUCUUCUAAUCAUCACCAUUGGGGCUGCCAUGCUGGUGUUGGUUGUUACCAUGGUCUUCGUCUGCAUCUACUUGGAUCUGCCCUGGUAUAUCAGGAUGGUGUGCCAAUGGAUGCAUUCCCGACACAGGGCUAGGAACAUGCCCUUAGAAGAACUCCAAAGAACUCUCCAGUUCCAUGCUUUUAUUUCAUACAGUGGGCACGAUUCUGCCUGGGUGAAGCACGAAUUACUACCAAACCUAGAGAAAGAAAAUAUGAAGAUUUGUCUCCAUGAGAGAAAUUUUAUUCCUGGCAAGAGCAUCAUUGAAAAUAUCAUAAAUUUCAUUGAGAAGAGUUACAAGUCCAUCUUUGUUUUGUCUCCCAACUUUGUCCAGAGUGAGUGGUGCCAUUAUGAACUCUACUUUGCCCACCACAAUCUCUUUCAUGAAGGAUCUGAUAAAUUAAUCCUCAUCUUGCUAGAACCCAUUCCACAGUACUCCAUUCCUAGCAACUAUCACAAGCUCAAAACUCUAAUCACACAGAGGACUUAUUUGGAAUGGCCCAAGGAAAAGAGCAAACAUGGACUGUUUUGGGCUAACCUAAGAGCAGCCAUUAAUAUUAAGUUGGUGGAGGAAAAGAAGUAGAUCAUACAUAGAUUGAAAAAUAUUGCUCUUUUCAAUGUUGCUGGUUUUGGAAGCCCUAUGACUUUUGUGCCUGUAGGUGGGUUUCUCUAGCAGAUGCUGUUGAUGCCUCCCAUUUCCACUCAGGAUUCACUUCUACAUGAAGGCUGCCUGUUGUGAAUGCUGGAGACUCUAUGUCUAAAGGGUGUAUUUCCUGGCCAAGAGGAAACACACUUGGCCCACCCACAGGACAACUUAGAAGUGAUGGAGAGGUAAUACCCUUGGAUGCAGAGCGCAACCAAUGUCUGGAAGGGAAUUGGUGGGUAAAUACCCCAACCUUCUCACUCAUCUCUUGGGAUAACUGUAGGAUAUACUCUACACUCUCCCUGAGUUCCCCAGCAGGGUUGAAAUCUGGUUGCCCACAGUAGAAACAUUUGAUAAAGUCUCUUUAUUGGCUUCCUUCCUUUUCUUGUCUCAUUUCCUUAUUGCUCUCUGGAUGUCUCCUGGGAUCACCUCUGAAAUAAACUACUUAUAUUUGAAUACUUCUCUCAGUGUCUGCUUUUGGGGCAACCCAAACUAAGACAGUGUUCUACCUCAGUCCAAAUAGGAAUUCUGAGUCUAGUUUUCUGUGACUAGAGAGCUCUCUGGGAAUCUAGUUGCAUGAAGUGAUAUGCAAGAGAGCUUGUGCUCUUCAGAUUGGAAGGAGGGAUAUAAUCUAUACAUGGCACCCCUCUCUUUGGAGGAAUUAUUUAAGUAGAGCAUGACCAUAUUAGAACAGUGCAAGGAAUGGGAUAUGCCACCUUCAUAGUUGACCUUUGGCCCCAGACGCUACAGCAACCACUUCUGAGCAGAUGUAGCCUGACAGCAGCUUGCCUCAGCUUCAUACUGCAUCUCUCCUUCUAUGCCCCAUGGCUUCACCAAUAUUGCUGCAUGGGAUGCUUGUAGAAGCCUGUUCAGCCAUUUUGGUACAUGCACAAACCUGGAAAUGCCAGGAAUGUCUCCUGAGGCAAUCCUUGACCACUAGGGAAUGAAAGCCAAUCAAUAAAUACUCCGCUCUUCUAAUCUUGAGCAAAGUGAGGCAUAAUCUACCCCAUUCCUCAAAGAGUCCCCAACUUUACCCACAGGUGUAAUCAGUGCAAUAACCCACUCUUGGGUUAACUUUCUCUCUUUCCUUGUUUCUUUUCCCUCCUUACUUCCCCACCCCCCACCUGCUUGAGCACUGGGAUUACUUAGCCAAACGAAUUACCUGCACGUAAACUCUUGUCUCAGUCUCCGCUUUGUGGGGGAUAUCCAAAAAAGACAGACAUAUACUAAUAGCUUCUUGCCUUAAGGGAAUUACAAUCAAUCAGAGGAUAUAACAUGUAUCCAAAUUAAAAUAAAAACCAAUGAAAUAAGAAAAUACAAUGGAAUUUUAGAGCUCAAUCAGAUUGAGUGAAAAAAAAAUCUUCAUAGAAGUAAUGGUUUUUCCACUGGGCCUUGAAGGAAGUCUUUAACACUGGAUUUUUCAAUGUACAAUGAUGAAGAAUGGAAAAACCAUUGUAAAUAGGAAGAUGAAGAAAGCAAAGGCAGGAAUACUCCAGUCCUAUUUUGGAACUGGUCUCCCAAUUUGUCUGGAUCAUGAGGUUUGUGAAAAAUGGCAGGGGGUAUAUAUAAGCCUGGAAAGUUAGUUGGGGACCAUAUUGUCAAGUGUCUUGAAAGUCUAGAACUUUGGUGUAUAGGAAAGUCACCAUUGAAACUUCUAUGAAAGAUAAUAAUGAGAAGCAAAUUUAAACCAUGAAAUGUAUGCUAAAAGAGUAUGAAAGCCCUUGUUUUGUAAUGGGAGUUGCAACAGUUGUUAGAACUGGAUUUUCCUGUUUUCUCUAAGAUGAUUGCACUUCUGAUUUCAUAACCAAAUUUCAAUUGCUCAGCAGCAGCAGAUGUUGACUUUAAGUCUAAAAAAAAAAAAAAAAGAAAAAAAAAUCAAAUCCCCAGAGGAAGGCAUUAAAUUUGAGAA